AUGGCGUCCGAAUCGGAUGCUGUUGAACCGUUCCAGGAGGUAAAGGAAGAAGUUUCGGGUGAUAAUGGAACCAUGUAUAUAUACCAAUGGCUAUCUUCAACGGAGAAGAAAUUAGCCAGUAUCCCAGUCGAACAGCUCAAGGCGCAACAAGCUGACUUGGAAGCAAGCCUUCUAAAGAUUGUUCUUGCCGCCGCUCCCUAUCCUACGCCUGGACGCGCAACACGCAACGCGGUUGCAAGAUGCUUGAUUAGAAUCUACAGCCGCGGAGAAACCAGGCGAUUAUUCGACACUCUACAAAGUUUGAUGAAAGUCGCAACUGAUUUCAAGUCUGUGGACAGAGAUAUCUACAAGACUGCAGCCUUAUCAUGUGUUGGAGAUCUUAUGGCUGUUUAUGGAGCACAGUACAUGUCAUUCAUGGCCGAAAUCACGGUUGUAACCUUGAAAACUUCCAAGUCGUCUAGCACUGCUCUCCUCCGCUAUCAUGCUCUAUUGGCCCUCAAGAAAUCAUUGGACACCGCAAAACGGGCUGUUACAGACUCUGCGUUCAAGGAUAUACUAAAGCAAAUGAAAUCUUUCCUCAACGACAAAUGUUCGCCUGUCAACCGUGCAGCCGCAGAGGUUUUGAUCUCCCUAUUCUCCGGGUCGGAUGAUGGUCGGAAUCUGAUCCUUGGGGAUGUCGAUUCCAUCCUGGGACUGGCAGUGAAGAGUAUGGAGGGUGCAGAUCAAGUCACUCGACAAUCCCUUUCUCGCCUUGUAGGCCACGUACUGGGUUCGACCCAGAUAGAGCGUGCAGUUUCAGUCCCUGAAAUCCCUCACAAGAAUAAGAAGGAUAUGGAUGCGAAUGACGAGCGUGCUAGUUCGCCUAUCCAAGCAGCCGCUGAAGUUACAAAAUCGAUGCUGACCCCAACAGAGAUGCUGAGUCAUCUUUCUUCCCAUUUCAACAAACCCAACACCACCCGCAAACUACGAAUUGGCUUGUUUGACUGUUAUGUCGCGCUUUUCAAUAAUUUAGGAGCGGUUUUUGUGGAAAAUAACUAUGCCCUCAUCGUUUCUCAUUUUUUGACCGAGAUCGUAUCGAACCCACGGAACAACACAACGCGUUAUGAAGUAUUGCUCAUACGCACCCUAGUGGGAAUUGUUCUUCGAGAUCUCAUCGGUGUGAGAAUGUUGAGCGAGCAGGGACAAAUCGGAGCAAUUCGAGAGCUGUCCACAUCUUAUAUCAAGCGGUGGCCUGCGAUGAUGCCUGGGCAAACUUCUCCAACAUCCUCCGUCUUGGUCGUGGUCCUGAGGGAGGUCGCAGGUUUGCUGCAGCAACUUGGGAACGCGCCUCCUCCAGUCCAAGAUGCUCUCGCCGAACCAUUGAUCACACUUUUGGCCCAUUCAAGCCACACGACUCGCGUGACCGCGUCCUGGGCUCUCCGUUGCUUCUGUUACUCCACGCCUCUUCGUUUACCAAAAACGAUAAUCACGGUUAUCGAGAUGCUACAGCGGGAUCUUACUUCUAUCCUUUCACCUGCCGCCCCUUCCGAUAUUGACUCCAGAACAUUGGGCCAUGCAUAUGGUUUGGCUGCUCUAGUCUCUAUCAUCCGCGAACGACCGUUGUAUGUUUCAUAUGAUGUCAGUGCGAAAGUCCUGGACAUGUCGAUUCAACUUCUCAAACGAGCUGGCGAACAUGACGUCAAGAUUGCCAGUGUGGAGGUCGAGGUCUCUUGGAUACUUAUUGCGUCCUUAAUGUCGCUUGGCCCGAACUUUGUACGGCCACAUCUUCCACAACUUCUCGUCCUUUGGCGCAAUGCGCUUCCGAAACCCACGACCAAGGAUUCCGCCAACAACGCUGGAAGGACGUUGAGCGAAUGGAUGUUCCUCCUUCAAGUGAGGGAGAGUGCAUUAGGUGCUAUUCAUUGUUUUCUGCAACACAACACAACGCUUGUCAAUCUUGAUGUUGGGCGACGCAUUGCUUCUGUUCUCGGAAAUUCAUUGUCGUUCGCGAACAAUUUCAUCACUCUGAACAUCGAAGAACCACUUGAACCCCCACUGCCUAGUACAUUCAAGAAAGGUCUUUCUUUAAAGGGCAGAGAAGCUUUACUUCGAAGAAGAGUGUAUCAAUGCUUCUCUAUUUUAGGAUUUUCUGGCAUUACUGAUUCCACUCAGUCAACGCUACUUCAAUCGGUUGUCAGUCUAUUUGCCAGUCCGGAGGGCUACUCUGGGUCCACAGUCCAAGCCGCUAUCGCUUCCUCGUCUGGAAGUUUUACAAGCGUGUGGCAGAGUGUCGAUGGCUAUGCCUAUGGAGUAACCUUCACUGAGGUUGCGGAUGAUAGUGUAGUCGCUAAUGAUGCUGCCGUGAACGGAGGUGACAAGCUCAAUCGAGAUACAGUUGAACUUGCGAUUGAUAAACUGCUGCGGAAGCCGGUCCUUGCUGGGUGCGAACAUGAUCCUCUCAGUUUAUGUCAGAUCGAUGUAUCAAAGACUGAGUAUCGAAUGGUCGAAUCUCCUCCUCCGGCCACUUCUGUUGUGGACUCUGCGAUUAAUCUUUUCGCUGAUUUGCUUCCUUUACAAGACUUGUCGUCCAUCAUUCGGACAAUAACGCAUUUACUCGACUCCGUCCGGUCCUCAAAAUUGGAGAAAAACGUUGGUCGAAAGGCUGCAGUACUCAUUAACGCCGCCAUAGCUCUCGUGCUGACCUUGCGGUCUGCGACUACGUCACAUUAUCGUGAAAGUCGCGACACAUUUGGUAGCUCGCAAGUUACAAACCUUGUAUCUUUAUUCCUGAAGGAAACUUUGGUCGAUGGUGAUCACGUCCUACGGUCGGCAAGUAGCGAAUCGAUCGGGCGUUUGGCCAGUCUUGCUGGUACCAAUUUUCUCACCAGCCAGAUGAAAUCACUCUAUGAAGAAGUUGUAAACAACCGUGACCCGUAUGCUCGUUCUGGCUGUGCUCUUGCAUUUGGAGCUGUAUAUGACCAUGUAGGGGGACUUGCAGCAGGCGCAGUGCUUAAGACCACUGUCGGUGUUCUCAUGUCAUUAAGCAACGACCCACAUCCCGUUGUGCACUUCUUCGCUCUGAAUGCUCUGGCACGUGUUAUUAACGCUGCUAGUUUGGCAUAUUCUCCUUACGUGUCAAAAACCCUUGGUAUGUUGCUCCAAGUAUACUCAAGCGAGUCGCAUGAACCGGAGGGUGGGACUUUGUCCAACGCCAACCUUAGCGGCGACUAUCCUGCUUAUCCUGUGGUCUGCCAGAUAAUCGACGCUGUGAUUACCGUCCUUGGCCCUGACAUACAGGACUCCGUAAAGACAAGAGCGCUACUCUUGGACCUCGUUCAUGGCUUCUUCUUGGAGGACGAUCAAGGUGUCCUAGUCGAAGCAAUCAAAUGCCAACAACAUUUCCUAAUGUUUGCUCCAGAGUAUGUCAACAUACCGACCCUCGUCAACAGCUUCCGAGGGCAUCUUUCGUCUUCUCGACGACCAUUGAAGGUUGCAUCAAUCAAUGCCUUUUACCAGCUGGUGCAAAAGGACGCGCUGGUGAUGUCUAAAUUGGGCGGGGAUCGUUUAGUUGAAGAUCUUUUUGGUAUGCUCGAUGAUGAUUCUUCCGUUGACGGGGUGCGAAACGUUAUUACAAGCUGGCUUGAGCAGACCGUCGUCUACAACCCCUCUGCUUGGAUCGAUUUGUGCCAGCGAAUUAUGUCGCGAACCACUGCUUCUCAACAAGUUACCGAUGCAGCUAACGCAAGAGACGAUGAAGGAGAGUCAUUGAACCUUGGGAAUCAAGAAGAUGGAGGCCGAAGCCGCCAGACUUCUCGAUGGCGGACCCAAUUGUUUGCUUUACAGUGUUUGCACCAUAUAUGUACGGUCGUGUCAAAAAGUGGUAGAAGAGAACAUUUGGAUAUCAUUUUUGCCAAGAGUAGGGAUAUCACAACAUCCGGCUUAUUGGUUACACGCGUGCCAGACCUCAUCAAGAUGGCAUUCACGGCAUCCACUGCGUACGUUACAGAAAUUCGCCUUGAAGGUCUGAUUGUGCUUCGGGACGUGAUACAGAUCUUUGCGAAAUCGCCAGACCCAGCUUUUGAAGAUGCCCUCUUACUAGAGCAACAUCAGGCACCAAUAACCGCUGCUCUUACGCCCGCUUUUUCUACGGAUUCAACCCCUGAAAUUUUGGCAUCAGCAGUGCAUGCGUGUGCAACAUUUGUUGGAUGCGGAGUUGUCAAGGAUGUAUCCAGGAUGGGUCGUAUCUUGAAACUACUGACCGUGGCUCUGGAACAAUCGAAAGCUCCAGAUUCAGGCAUGGUGUCGCUGGGUGAAACAGGCGAGUUGAGUCCUAACGGUUCUGCCAUGCUGCGGAUAUCCGCCCUUUCCGCUUGGGCACAGUUGGAGGUGGCUAGCUAUCAGCAGGCCUACCUCCUUGACGUCGUCAAACCAUAUCGACCAAUAUUGGCAACUAUGUGGAUAGCAGCGUUGCGCGAUUACGCCAGCAUCCGCGUUGAUUCUGAAUUUCUUCAGGACACUUCAUCUGCUGCGUUGGACUCAACGUACUCAAGCCUUGGUAAAGAGGUGUUGCUCCCGUACUACAUUGAUGCGUGGUCAAUCAUCUUACAGGCAGUAGCAUCGUCGAUGCAAGUGAAAGAUCCGUACAUCAUCGCUGCAAUGGAUGGACGUGAGCAAGUGACUCCUGCUACUUCCGACAAUUUGGGGGGUCCACGAGAGGAGCCUACCACAUUUUUCUACACCGUUUUCGGCUUGGUGUAUGAGGAACUAGCAGAGGCUUCAACGGACUCAUUGGCAAACUCCGCUACGCAUCAAGCAUCUGUUAUUGCUUCGCUUCAAGCUCUAAAAUCUCUUAUUCGACCAGAAUACGCUGGCAAGGCCAUUCUGGACCCCACUAUAUUCGAUGAGUUCAUUAGCGUAUGCUAUCGACUAGCAAUGACGGAGUCUGCACUUGUUCAAAUACAUUUGAUUGAAGUGUUAACUGUGUUCGCAGCCAGCCAAGGGUCGAGGACCUCGGAGAACAUGUCGGCUAGCUCUCCUCAGUCUCAUUGUUUGAGGAUUUGCGCCCAUAUUUUGCGUCACUCGACUUCGCAUUCCAGUGGUCCUAUUAUUCCAUUCUCGGCUUUCGCCACGGUAGCGGCUGGUACCUCAACCGCUUUCCGAGAAGACGUUCGGUCGGUCGGUAUUCUCCUUUAUAGUGAAAUUUUGAAGGAUGAGUCAAACGAAAUCGAUCUAGCCGGACCUACCUUCCCUUCACUCAAAGUGCUCUUGGACCUUCCCCUUGCUUCCAACUCGGACGCCCAGCAAAGAUAUCAAAGAUUGAUCCAUGGACUCUUGUCUGCAUGCCUGCUGAAUAUUGACGAGAUGAGAGGUCGUCAAGGUGCUGCAUGCACAAAGAAAGUGAAAAACAAUUUAUUGGCUGCAGUAUUAGUGUUAACUGCCAUCUCGUCAACGAUUAAAGUUGGUCAGGCUGUGGUGGAACAUUGCUGCUUCUUAAUUUCCCAAAAACUUCUUGAGACGCACGAGGUAUCCUUGACUGCUGCGCAUUGCGCAAGAACUUUGAUAGCGGCUUCAGCAUCAGGGAAUGUUCUGCUCCGCUGUUGUGUAAAAUUACUCAUGCCUGCGUUGAUCGAGUAUAUUGCCAAGAUGGUGCCACUCGUGAACGAUGGGUCAAUUUCAGAAAAUCACGCAACAGCCAUCAGUGAAGUAUGGAAAGCUUUUGCAAUAUUCUUCGGGUCAUUGACUGAGGGAGCACGGACGCGGUUGUUGGGCGUCUUCUUGCCAACAAUUAGUCUUCUCCUCGCCAACUCCCAAAAUUCCCCUUCCCCUGUUGUCGCGCAAAGCAUCAAACAAUUGCUAUCCUAUGCCACGAUUUCGCCUGUCGCAUUCAAAGAGGCGGCCUCUAAGCUAGAUGCCCCUACCCGGGAGCUCCUGGAAAUUUCUGUUCGAAGGGCUGUGGGAGGCCCGCAAAUAACCUUGGCGCAGAACACUGUGAAACCGCAGAUUUCUUUGCGUUCGUUCUAG